GAUCGAUGAAACUUGCGACAAACAGACCAAGCAACAAGCAACCAUGUGCAUGCGGCUUGUUUGAAAGAAGAAAAUAAAACGAUUCAAGCCCGACGACCAAACCAUCAAACCAGCGGCGGCUUGUGGAAUACUCGCACAGCUGCCUCGAGAAAAAAGCCAGUGAGAGCGGCCAGAGGAGCCCACUAGAGCCAAUUUCCAACCAUGGCAGCACGGACAAAGGUGCGAUGCUCGCACCUCCUCGUAAAGCACCGUGACUCGCGCCGACCUUCCUCGUGGCGCGAGCAGAACAUCACCCGGACAAAAGAGGAGGCGCUCGACCUGAUCAAGAAGUACCGGGAGCAGAUUGUGUCCGGCCAGAGCACCUUUGAGGAGCUGGCCAGCAAGUACAGCGACUGCAGCUCGGCCCAAAGGAAGGGUGACCUGGGCUAUUUUGCUCGCGGCGCCAUGCAGAAGCCCUUCGAGGACACCGCCUUUUCCCUCGAGGUUGGGGAACUCUCUGAUCCAGUCUUCACCGAUUCGGGUGUCCACCUCAUUCUGUGCACUGCCUAGGUCUCGCUCACCUGGUGCAUGGCUGGCAGGGAUGCUGAUCGCCCCAGUGGCACCUGAAGCAUACCAGACAGGUCACAGUACUCUACACAAGACAGUGUCAGACACACACGCUUAACAUGAAUUCUAUAAAACAGGCUGGCACCUUGUGUGACACUUAAUAAAGCUAUGAUGUGACAAAGAAA